CAACCACUUCCCGUUAUGGUAUAUAUUCAUGGAGGAGGCUUUUUCAGCGGUAGUGGUUCAGAGUAUGAACCUAAAUAUUUGAUCAGGAAAGACGUUAUCCUUGUCACUUUCAAUUAUAGAUUAGAAGUACUAGGUUUCAUUUCUUUGGAUACAGAAGAUAUUCCCGGUAACGCUGGUAUGAAAGAUCAGGUGGCAGCGUUGAAAUGGAUCAAGAAGAACAUUAAAAGCUUCGGUGGUGACCCUGAAAAUAUCACUAUUUUUGGUGAUAGCGUUGGAGGUGUCAGCGUUUCAUUUCAUUUGGUCUCACCCAUGAGCAAAGGUCUGUUUAAAAGAGCUAUCACUCAAAGUGGAAGUAUAACUUCAAAAUGGGCAGAGACAUUUGGAGCGCGUGAGAGAGCUUUAAUACUAGCCAGAGAACUGGGUUGUAAUUCGACAGGAGAUGUAGAAAUUUACGAAUGCUUAAAAGCGCAACCCGUUGAAAACCUUGUUAUGAAAAAGGUACCUGUGUCAUUUGCGCAAUUCACAAAAGAUGCGCCUUUUAUUUACUUUGGUAUCGUACAAGAGAAAUACUUUAGUAAUAAUGAAAGGUUCUUUUAUGGACAUCCAUUUGACGUCCUCCGAAAUGGUAUUCACGAAGGAAUUGAAGUCUUGAACGGUUAUAAUCAGGAUGAAGGUAUACUGUAUUUCCUUAUGGGUACUGAUCCAGACAAAGUAUUCUAUCAGGCUAACCAUUUUUUAGAAUUCUUUGUCCCCGAACCAUAUGGUGUCUACACCCCAUUGGCACAGCAAAUGGGAAUAGGUAGAAAGUUCAAGAAAUUUUAUAUGAAAAAUCAAAUUGCUUCAAAAGGCUUAGAAGAACUUUUUAACUAUAGACCCGUAAUAGCUCACACUGAUGAGCUUGGUUAUAUGUUUCCUUUAAAAGAUGUUAACAUGAAUUCGACUGAAUUUAAAAUGAUCGAUCAAGUAACAACGCUAUGGACAAACUUCGCGAAAUGGGGAGACCCAACACCUGAUGACAGUUUGGGUGUCAAGUGGCUUCCGUACACUAUAGAAAAUCAAGAUUACUUGGAUAUUGGGGAGAUUCUAGUGCCUGCCACAUAUCCAGAAAAAGAAGAGGUGGAAUUUUGGGAGAGUAGCUUCAGAGAAGAUUUACCAAAAUAUAAAAUGGACGUUUGUUAUUACUUGACUCUUCUACUGUCAAGACUUGUUCAAGUAGAAGUCAGUGAAGGUAUAAUAGAAGGGCAAGUUGUAGACAAUGAAUAUGGAUGUCCCUACUACAGCUUUAAAGGCAUCCCUUACGCAGAGCCACCGGUCGGCGAUUUGAGAUUCAAGGCCCCUCAACCCAAACAACCAUGGGAAGGUGUACGCAGUGCUAUUGAACAUGGACCACAAUGCUUUAGCGCUCAAGCCCCCCCAUCUGCAAGGAGUGAAGAUUGUUUAUACCUAAAUGUUUACAGUCCCAAUAUUGCACCACCGGAACCAUUACCAGUAAUGGUUUAUGUGCACGGAGGCGGUUUCGUGAGUGGAAGUGGUAAUGAAGGAAGAUCUGGACCCAAAUUUCUGGUCAGAAAAAACGUUAUCCUCGUUACCUUGAAUUACAGAUUGGAUGCACUAGGUUUUCUUUCCCUGGAUACGGAAGAUAUCCCCGGUAACGCUGGAGUCAAAGACCAGGUCGCUGCGAUGAGAUGGGUAAAGAAGAACAUAGCUAAGUUUGGUGGUGACCCCGAUAACAUAACCUUGUUUGGUGAGAGUGCUGCAGGUGCAAUGGUUUCCUUCCACUUAGUGUCACCCAUGACCAAAGGUUUAUUCAACAGAGCCAUAACCCAAAGUGGCACUAUGACAUCGUGGUUUCCGAAAACGUUUUUAGCGAAGGACAGAGCUUUAUUACUUGCCAAAGAAUUGGGAUGUACUUCAGAAGACGAACAAGAAAUUGCUAAAUGCCUCAGAGAGCAGCCGGCUGAAAACCUUGUUAAAAGACAAAUACCUAUAUCAUAUUGGCAGUCUGCAAAGGAAGCGCAAAAUGUAUUCUACGGUAUCGUUUCAGAAACACAGUUUGCAGAUAAUGAAAGAUUUUUUUACGGAGAUCCGUUUGAGGUCCUCCGAGAGGGCAUCCAUGAAGGACUUACCGUAAUAAGCGGUUACACACCCGAUGAUGGAAUACUAUGGCUUGCAGGAGAUGUUAAAUACGAAAAAGUAUUUGAGCAAGCUAAUCAUUUCUUAGAAUUUUUCGUACCUGAACCGUACACUGUCAAUCUUCCAUUGGUAACCCAAAUGGAUAUAGGGGAAAAAUUUAGAAAUUUUUAUUUGCAGAACAGACUAGCUUCAAGGGAGACUAUGAAUGACUUUAUAAAGUUCCUUGGCAUGGAGUUAUUUAUAUAUGGAUCGAUUAGUCAACAAAGAAUCAUUGCUAAGACAAGCAAUAAUACAGUUUACCAAUAUAAAUUCACGUGUGAAUCUGAAUUAAAUAUGUUUGCCAUAGCUAUAGGGAUAAGACAUCUCUUUGAUAGACCUGUAGUAGGUCACAGUGAUGAGCUUAGUUACAUUUUUUCGAACUUUAGGGUCAAUAUGAACUCUACUACGUUUAAAAUGAUUGACCAAAUUACAACGUUGUGGACCAAUUUCGCGAAAUACGGGGAUCCGACACCCGAUGACAGUUUGGGUGUUAAAUGGCUUCCGUACACUUUGGAAAAUGAAGAUUAUUUGAAUAUCGGUGAGAAUUUAGUUUCUGAGAAACAGCCGGAGAAAGAAGAAAUAGAAUUUUGGGAAAGCAACUUCAGAGAAUAUUUACCACACUAUGCACCAUAGAAUAAAAAGUUUUCAACAGGCAGGACAACAGUUUAAGAUUGUAAUAAAUUGAUUUGUUUUGAAAUAAAUUAUUUAUAAUAUACAUUAUUAUAAUAUGUUUUAGCGUCGUCGGUUUUUGAUGAAACCUUGAAAAAUGAGUGAGUUCAUAUAUAUUUUGAUUACUUUUCGGUUUAGUUUUAAUUUUAUAUUUUUUUUAGUAGUCGUUUCAAAAAUGUUAUUGUAACUUAUUUUCCCAGUAUAUAUAUAUCCCAGUAUUUUUUUUACUAUCGCUUAAUAUAAAAGAUAUACCUAACGGUAUUUUAAGAAACGUCUUUUCUUUUAAGUGUAGUCCAAAGUUUGAACUGAUAGUUCUAUAAGAGCCAAUCCUAUUCCUUCUCUGUUUGGCAGAUACCCAGUUCCUUUAUGACCUUGUACUCCACUCCACUACAAAUUUACAUUGUCCUUAGAUAUUUCAAAAUAAAUUUUAAACGAAAAGAA